AUGGUAUUUGAUGCACCAAAAGCCAGUUCUUUUGAUACAAAUCAGGAUGCUGUGUUGUUAAACAUAGGUGAAAAAAAUCAGGGUGUGUCUACAAAUCCUACUAUAUUACAAGAUAUAUAUUGCAGAAUUGCUCAUCUGUAUAAGGAUCAAGAAGAUGCUUCAGCAUAUAGUUGUAUAAAAAUAAAUGCUGACCAUACAGUUGGUGAAAAUUUAUGGCUGUGGAGAGCGGAUCAUGAUGCAAAAUUUUGGAAUGUAUUGGCAGAUACAGCUAAAGCUCCUUAUGGAUUAAUUAUCUAUGGUAAUAAUGUCAAAAUGUAUGGUUUGUUUGUAGAACAUUUUCAAAAUUAUCAAACUGUAUGGUUUGGAAAAAAUGGCCAGGUUAAUUUUUAUCAGUCUGAAAUGCCUUAUUAUUUGCCAGCAAACGGUUUAGCAAAAUGUUCAUUACCUGAUUCUGCUACCAUAGAUGAAAUUCCAGGAUGUGCAUCAAUAUACAUUACUGAUAGUGCAUCAGGAUUUAUUGGCAAUGGACUUGGUAUAUAUUCAUUUUUUCCAAAUUCAAAUGUAAGAGGAAAGAAUGCAGGUGAAAAAGCAUUUGAUCAAGGUACAAUAAAAGCUAAAACAGCAAUUGUUGUAGAUGCGGAAAAUGUUACUCUAAAUCAUGGUUUAACACAUUUCUUAAAUGGUGAUUUAAAUAGCGGAAUUGAAGGUGUAAUAAAGAAUAAAGAUAGCUUGUAUCCAGAAAAUAGUAACAUUAAUGGUAAUGAACAGGUUAUGCUUUUGAUGAAUUUAAAACAGAUCAUGAAGUCCAUGAUGAAUUAUAAGGAUGUGUGCUAA